AUGGCUAGAAAUUCCCUUCUCACAGACUUGAUGAAGGUGAAUCACAUUAAGAUGAUCUACAAUCUCUUCGUAGUUAUGAUGAUUAUCACGUUCUUGAACACCGUUGUUGGUGAUUUAGUUACUGAAGGCAGGGCUGUGCUCUACUUUGAUUUGCCUCAGGCAUCAUCAUUCGCUAUUCUAAUGGAAAUGUGUCGCUUUGUUAUGAAAGCUCAUGCUUUUGUACGAUCAAAUGCACCGAAAGUUUUCACUGGAAAGGUCAAGAGUGACGAUGACCAUAGGACAGCAGCUCCAGUGCUUCCGUCUUUCAAAACGUUCCAGUACUUUUUGUUCUGUCCUACCCUCGUCUAUCGAGACUCUUAUCCGAGAACAAAGCAAAUUCGUUGGAAGGUUGCAUUCUUCCACUUCUUGGACGUCUUCGGAAUCAUCCUCUACCUCAGCUUCAUCUUUGAACGCUUCUUUCUGCCGAAUUUCAAAAAGUUUGGUGAAUCUGAAGUCGAAUUGAGCACUUUGGUGCUUCCAAUCUUUUGCACAAUAUUACCCAGUACGGUUAUCUUUAUCCUCUGCUUCUACUGUGUCCUCCAUGCUUGGCUCAAUGGCAUCGCUGAACUUCUACGUUUUGCCGACCGUAUGUUCUAUCAAGACUGGUGGAAUUCAACCUCCUACUCCAUGUACUACCGCAAAUGGAAUGUCGUAGUUCAUGACUGGCUAUACACCUACAUCUACAAGGAAAUUCACGAUAAUAUUUUCAUAGGGAAUAGGCGCAUUGCCACUGACAUUGUUUUUGCCACAUCUGCGAUCUUCCAUGAGAUUGUGAUAACUCGUACGUACUGGAUUAAUCGAUUGCUGAUUGAAUUGUGA